AUGCCCCAAGCAUGUGGUGGGCUGGCUGUCGCCGCCCUGUCCCCAAGAGAGGCCUGUGGUGACAGUUGUGCUGUUGUCUUUCAGUACAAGGUCCUGUCUGUCCUCCCAGGCUCAGGCAUGGGGAUUGCCGUAUCGACGCCAUCAACCCAGAAACCGCUCGUGUUCGGAGCCAUGGUGCACAGAGAUGAGGCCUUCGAGACCAUUUUCAGCCAGUACAUGAAAAUCACGUCCGCAGCAGCCUCUGGCGGUGACAGCUAGUAUUGACUUUCCUGGAACGUUGCUGGAAUUCUUUUUUUAACAACUUGGUAGUGGAAAAAAAUUGAACAUCCUCAUGAUCUUUUGCAAUAAUUCCCUUUGGUUUCUAUUGUUUCGACCCCUGCAUUCUGCAGACCCCUUCGCGGGGGGUCUGGGGCUCACAGGGUACCAGGCUGCCCCCUGCCUCAGUACCUUAGACACCUCCGUUGGACACCUGUGGACAGCAGGGCAGAGGACCCACGAGGGACACGCCACCCAGCCCCCUUGUCUCCACCCAACCUGGGUAGAGAAGUCCGGCACCGGCCACCCAGGAGGCUCUCAUGACCCCAUGUCCCCAGCUUUCUGGAGGACUGAAGAUUUUCCACCACCAAAGCCAUAGCCGAGGAGCGUUUGUGGCUCCUCCUCCUGGGUCAGUGAGACGUCAGUGGGGAGUGAGUGACGUGAAGGUCCCUUCACCAGCUACCGCAAGCUGGGCGCCUCGGUCUUCCUCCUGCCUUCAGAGGGACCCUUGGGGCGCGGGUGUGACAUCCUUGGCUCGUGCUCUGUCCGUGCUCCAAACUUGGGAGCAGAGGGGGCUGGCGGGGGCCCUCGGGGCUGGCGUGUCUGGUGCCCUCUCCCUUUCACCAGUUGGUGACCAGUGGGCACAGAAUG